UUUUCAUUGCGGAAGCGCUGAGUUUCGUAUUUUGCAUUUAGAAACUUCGAAUAUCAUCAUCAUGGUCUAUGUGAAGAACUGGGAAGAUUUUGAAAUCGCUGCCGAGAAUAUGUAUAUGGCGAAUCCACAAAAUUGCCGAUAUACAAUGAAAUACGUGCACUCCAAGGGUCACAUACUGCUCAAAAUGACGGACAAUGUCAAGUGCGUACAAUACAAGGCGGAGAACAUGCCCGAUCUGAAGAAAAUUGAGAAAAUCACAAGCAAUCUGGUCGGUCACAUGGCGUCCAAGGAGUAAAGCAAGCACACAAAAUUGGCCACGGCAGCAGUUUGGAUGUGGAGCAAAAACAACAAUAACAACAAAUGCCUUGAUGUUAUUGUCACUGUCGUUGUUGCUGUUGUCUGAUGCUGAAUCGCCGUGUGUCCCACCUGCAAUUGUUUAGUUUGUAAGCGCCCUGACCAAUAAGGCGACUAAUUAAGUGUGUGGUAACAAGAGUAGUUGUUUAAAUAACAUUUUAUAAAUGUUAGCUCUGUACACACCAGUCAGCCUAAUUGGCGUCAGUGCAGUUUUAAUAAUUACGAUACUUGUAUAUUUAUUGUAAUGAAGAAUGAAUGGGUAAAGUUAUAGCUGCAUUAUUGUGACAUAUUGAGUUUAGUGCAUAUUUCCAUGAAAUGCUUAAAAAAACGAAUAAAAUGGGGUGUUUUCUAAGAAAAU